UUUGCACUUGGACAAUGACACGAAACCUCCUAUUGUGGGUCCUCAUCCUAUAUGCCUCUCCCAAGCUCUCGGGAAGCCAUGGUCCUGAAUUUGAGGAGGGAAAGCACUAUGAGGUGGUUCGACCAGUCAGACUUCACACAGUCAGAAAAAGACACACAGAGUACCACAGACCAGACACCCUUACGUAUGCAAUGACUGUAGGCGGACAAGACAUAGAAAUGCAACUUGAAAGAAAUAAUGAAUUACUUACCAAAGAUUACACUGAGUCUUACUACCAAGAAGAUGGGACUCGAGUCACCACAGUACCAAAUGACAUUGAUCACUGCUUCUAUCAUGGGAGGAUUGUGAACGACAGUGAGUCAUCUGUUAGCAUCAGUACCUGUGAUGGACUCAGGGGUUACUUCAGAACAUCUGCUCAAAGGUACCUGAUUGAGCCACUAUCCAGUGACGAUGAGGGGGAUCAUGCAGUGACGACUUUUAAUGAAAAGAACUUCACGCCUGCCGUGUGCGGGGUCACUAACACCAGCUGGAGUGACGACUAUGAACCUCCAACAAGCCGCAGCCGCUCUAGAUCAGGGGGUAUUUCUAUUGUACAGCAGCAGAAAUACGUUGAGCUCGUCCUUGUUGCUGAUAACCGCGCGUAUGUGAAGAUGAACAGGGAUCAAAAGAAGAUGAGACAGAGAAUAUUUGAGAUUGUCAACUUUAUCAACAUGGUCUACAAACCUCUGAGGACCUUUAUUGCUCUGGUGGGGUUGGAGAUAUGGACAAUUGGUGACCUGAUCUCUGUGACCCCCCCAGCAGGGGCAAACCUGGAUGCUUUCAUGAAGUGGAGAAACUCUGAGCUGGUGACCAGGAUAAAACAUGACAACGCACAUCUUAUAAGUGGUAUUGACUUUGAAGGAGCAACUGUGGGUCUUGCUUUCAUCGGGACUCUCCGUUCUGGUCACUCUGUCGGCGUAGUACAGGAUCACAGUGACCGAUCCAUUGCAGUGGGAGCAACGCUGGCUCAUGAGAUGGGCCACAACCUGGGCAUGAACCACAAUGAUUCCAGUGGUUGUUUAUGUUCUGAGGAUAGCUGCAUCAUGGCAGCAGCCCUCAGCUGGAAAACUCCUCGAAGCUUCAGUAGCUGCAGCAGCAGCAACUAUGAAAAGUACCUAACAAGCCGCAGCCCCAGCUGUCUGCUGGACAAACCAGACUACAAGAGUAUUGUGGCUCCCGCGGUCUGUGGAAACGGCUUCAAAGAGGAAGGAGAGCAGUGCGACUGUGGUUCGGUGCAGGAGUGCACCAAUCCCUGCUGCAACGCCAUCGCCUGCACCCUGAAAGAGGGUUCACAAUGUGCUGAAGGCGAGUGCUGUGAGAACUGUAAGAUCUUGCCUACCUCCAGACAGUGCCGCGCAAAGCAGGAUGACUGUGAUCUGGCAGAGUACUGUGAUGGGAAGAGCACGACCUGUCCAGAGGAUGUGUUUGCUGUGAAUGGGCUCCCAUGUGAUGGAGGCCAAGGGUACUGCUACAACGGUCAGUGUCCACAGAGACCUAAGCAGUGUGUCAAGAUGUAUGGAUCAGGUGCUAAGGAGGCCAAACAAGGAUGCUAUAACUACAACACCAGAGGAGCCUACUAUGCCUUCUGCAAACGCCCCUCAAAUAAUCAGUUCAUCCCCUGUCAGCAAGAAGAUGUUCUUUGUGGAAAGCUCUUCUGUGAAGGCGAUAAUGACAACCCAAACUACGGCCGGAUGGUCAGCAUCGGCACAUGCAAGGCAGCGUUCUUCUCAGACACCACCAGUGACCAAGGCCAGGUGGAAACGGGGACUAAAUGUGGAGAUGGAAAGGUGUGCAGCCAGAAUCAGUGUGUAGAUCUGCAGACGGCAUACAGAAACACCAACUGUUCAGCAAAAUGCCCAGGCCAUGCUGUGUGCAACCACAAAAGUGAGUGCCAGUCCGAGCCUGGGUGGACACUUCCUAACUGUGACUCAGUGGACACAGCUUUUAGUGGUACUGGAAAAACUAUUGUCAUUGCAGUCAAGUUUACACUAGUGGUCCUAGGCAUCAUUGCAGCCAUUGCAGGAAUCAUCUGGAAAAAGCAGCAAAGUCCCAUCCUGCCAACGUGAGUAAUCAUGACCGUAAUCAUGACCCCUCUCAGUGAAUGCACUCAGAGAUCUUAAAGACUGCACUUACCCCACCAGCUGAACAUUAUGAAGCACCUUAAGUGUUUGCUUUUUUAAUAUUUUAAACCAUGCUUUCUCUC